GCCUUGUGAUGCUGAGAAUCAAUGUUCUCCACUCGUAUCUCAUACUUAAUUUUCUCUCUUGCACGUCCCAACUCCCCUUUUCAGCUUUUCUAUCCAAAGUGUAAUCCAGGUUUCCUAUAACCCCAUCACAGCAAAAUUCCUCUGCAUCUUUGCUUUGUCAGUCCAAUUUCAAUGGCUUCAGUAUCGGCUUCUUGUCUCAGGUUCCAACCUUUGCUUCGGCAGUCCAACCAGGCGGUGCAGGUGAGUAGUUUAAAGUUGGUUUCAGCGAGUUGGCUAAAGAGUGGGUUCCCUUCUUUAAGGGCUACCCGAUUCCGAGUCUCCUGUGCGGCAAAGCCAGAGACGGUGCAGAAAGUAUGUGACAUUGUAAGGAAACAACUGGUUUUGUCUCCCGAGACCCAGCUCACCCCUGAAACCAAGUUCUCCGAACUGGGAGCUGAUUCUCUUGACACAGUGGAGAUAGUGAUGGGCUUAGAGGAAGAAUUUGACAUUAACGUUGAGGAGGAGAGCUCUCAAAAUAUAACAACUGUCAAGGAAGCAGCAGACUUGAUAGAAAAACUGGUUCAAAAGAAAGCAGAAUCUGGAGCUUAAUUAAGCCAAACCGAGCUCCUGGGUUGCAGAGUAAAUUGUGUUAGGAUCAUUAACUUUUGGAUUUGUUUUGCCUUAGUUAUUUUCUACUUUCUCCCAGUGUUCUUUGUUUAGAAAGCUAGCUAGGUUGAUUGCAUUUGAAGUUUUAUUUAUUGGUUGGGGAAAUGUUGAAGCAGAGGUUACCUAAACUUAAGCCUUAAUAGCAUCAAUUCAUGUGGCUCUUUCCUUCA